CCAAGGGUUGAAUAAGGACGAAGGAGACAAGAAGGUUCAUAUGCCCUACUGCAAAAUCUCCUUGAAGCUGUACGUGGCUUGUCCUAGGCUGACGCGUGCCUUAAGUCUUACCGGGACGUCCGGUUAACCCAAGUCCAGUAACCGGCACAGCCGGUCUCCACUCGCAGGCAUCCACACUCUUUAACAAAGGUACCACUUCCCGCUCACCAUAGCAUACAUACCAACCUUUGCUGCUACCUCACGGCCAUGGCGGUUCUUCCAAACAAGUUCCACGCCACCUCUUCGUUUUCUGAAAGCUUCAAUCGAUUCUGAGUUGAGCCAAUACUUUUUUAAUAUUUGGCAACAAAAUCUGAGCUUUUUCAACUUAUGCUUCAAAGUUCAUGCUGCUUUGUGGGUACCUUCAAACUCUUAAGUUAUACUUGGUUCCUCCAAAUUGCAGCAGACAUCGCAUUUAAAAACAUAAAUGCAACCAGAUGCCGCCUAAAAGGAAGCAAUAUCAAUGGCAUUUCGGGGCUGCACCUCAGCCAGCAUUGAAGAACCACCAUUCACUUCUUAAUGGUGGAGAACAGGAACCUCUUACCUCAAGUCAGAGGCAUAAUAAACCUAGAAUAGACGUCAAGAAAGAGGCUAGUCUUAACAAGCAUGCUAUUCAGCAGCUACUGCAGAGUCAGGACUCUGAGGAAUUGCAAAGAAAUAAAUUGCAAAUACAGGAAUUGUUUCAUUAUAAUAUGUCACAGAAUCAAGAUCAGCCAAAGAUUUUACAUCCUUCUCUGCAGUUGAAGGGUGAUGACAAAGAAAAGCAGCAGCAACCGAUGAGGCAUGUAGUAACACAACAGGAGGUGGUGCAUCAAGCAUCUGUUAUGCAGCUCCCUGAUGAAGGUGUUUGUUCACGCCGGCUAAUGCAGUACAUAUAUCAUCUCCGAAACCGGCCAGCUGACAAUAACUUGUCCUAUUGGAGGAAAUUUGUGGCAGAGUAUUAUGCCCCAAGUGCUAAGAAAAGGUGGUGUCUGUCCUCGUAUGAUGAAGUUGGGCGCGAUGCCCUUGGUAUUUUGCCCCAUCUAACGAUGGUACCAUGGCAGUGUAACAUAUGUGGUUGUAAAUCAAGAAGGGGAUUUGAGGCAUAUUUUGAAGUGCUUCCAAGGCUAAAUGAAAUCACAUUUGGGAGUGGUGUGAUCGAUGAACUCUUGUUCCUCGAUUUGCCUCGUGAGAUUAGAUUUCCUUCUGGAGUAAUGAUGUUGGAAUAUGGAAGAGCAGUUCAAGAGAGUGUCUACCAGCAACUUCACGUUGUUCAUGAAGGUCAACUUCGUAUAGUAUUCUCUCAUGAUUUGAAGAUAUUGUCCUGGGAAUUUUGUGUAUGUUCUCAUGAAGUUUUCUUCCGUCGAACUGCAGUUGCACCGCAGGUUGUUCAGCUGGUUCAUGCCGUACAGGAUUACAAGUGCUCAAUUGAUGAUAGAGGAUCUGAUGGGGUUUUGUUCCAAGAUGUACAAGCAAAUUGCAAUAGGAUCCUAGCAGCCGGAGGACAACUUGCAAAGACUGUGGAUCAACAGCUGGUUGAUGAUUUGGGAUUUUCCAAGAGAUACACCCGGUGCUUGCAGAUAGCUGAGAUUGUCUACACUAUGAAAGAUUUAAUGAUUUUAUGCCAGGAUAAUGUUACUGGCCCAAUUGAGAGCCUGGAAAGUUAUUGCAGAGGAGCUGCCAUGACCAAGCUCCAGAAACAGGAAAUAAAAGGAAAGGAGCAGCUAGAGAGUGCACGAGAUCCUCCAAAAGACAACAAUAAGUUGAUGGCUGCAUCUUGUGGUUUUAGAAGCAAUACAAAUGAAAGCUCACCUAUGAGUCACAAAGGACUUUCAACUAGCGCAGAACUGGCAGCAUCAUUGCUGCGUGGUUCUCACCACAAAUUGAUGGGACAAAGCAACUUGACCUCCAUUGUGAGCAGAGCUAGCCAGGAGCCGCACAUCCAGGACACCUCUUCUGAACCAUUUCAGGGUCCUAGAACCUCAAAUCCAGGACUGAUUAAAAGCUCAGUGGAAAAUGGCUUGUCAAGUUUAGAUUCGUCUAUGAAGCAGUACGCAAUUCAAAAACUAGUACAGGAAAUGAUCAACAACAAUAGCCGAUCAGCAAAUAAGCAUGAUAGGGAAGAACCCAUCUGGGGCAGUGGUAAAGGUUCAGUUAUAGAGUUGCCUUCAGGAGUUUGGGGCUGCCCAACAGCUGCAGCUGCCCAAGGAAAUGUGUUCAAUAGUAUUGCAGGAAGGACCAGCAGCUCGAAGGCAGCCUUCAAUGGGAACUCGUCCGAAGUUCAUACCAAUAAUUGCUUCAUCAAUGGAGAACCAAAUUUGUCAGGAAAGCUUUGUUUACCGGAAUCAAUAGUUAAUAUUUCUCAUGGCUAUCAUGAUCAUAAUUCAAUUUAUGGCAAUGGCAAUGACGUGGGUUAUGGUUGGAAGGUCUGAAUAGUUCUUCUUGGGUUGGUUUCAUUGUGAGAUUCUGAGGUAUGAUGGGUAAGUGCCUAAUGCCAGAGUUUGUACAAGACUACAGGUCUCCAGAUGCAGAUUUUAUCUUUUCGCUAAUAUUACCAGAUAUGUAUACUGACACACUUCUAAUGUCAUUUCGAGUAUUAGUUUAUGAUCAGUUUCAAACAUAUGUAAGGGCUCUUUCACAACCCAAGAUCUUGUAAUAUUAUCAAGCUACAUGCUGUGAUCUUUAUAGUAUUGGUAUUUACAGCCUGAGCUGGUUCAGAUGUUGCAA